UAGUAUCUCUGGUUUAUGUUUUUAUUGUGAACGAGAGGAGAUGGUGGAACAGGCUCAGUAUGAGAAGGCUGUCAGAUGUUCCUCAAAAUAUAUCAUUCUCCAGCCCAAUCAGGCCCAGCUGUAUGGGAGCCAGGGUGAGGCCUACCUGUGUCUGGGUGACUUCCAGUCGGCUGCAGGGUGCUACCAGCAGGCAAGUCGUCUAGAGCCUCCUGGAGGGAGCUUCUACCAUACCCGCCUGGCUCUCAUUUACCAUCUACAGGGCCAGUGUCUUUUCGACGGGGGCCAGUAUCUGGAUGCCCUUGAGUCCUUUAGCAAGGCAGCAGAGUGGAACCCUCAGCGCAGACCAUUGAGAAGCGUGGCAUGUCUGUCGGCUUUGGGAUGCUACACAGAGUGUCUCCGGCUAGUGUCUGGUUGGCUGGCUGACCGCCCCUCCUCUGACCUGUACGUCCUCCGAGCCCGACUCUACUGGCAACUGGACCAGCCGGCAGCGUGUUACCAUGACAACCAUGCAGCGCUGCUCCUGGAGCCGUUGUCUGCCCCGGCGACCACUCUGCUCUCCCAGCUGGAGGCAGGAAGUGACCUCGCCAGACAGAAAGCCGUGGAGCACAUUCUGGGGGGACGGCUGACCAUCGCACUCGCCAAGAUAACCUCCGCCCUCGACCUCCACCCACGGGAGCCACGCCACUACCUCCUCAGGGGGAUUCUGUACCGGAGGAUGAAGGACUUCACCGCCUCCAUAGAAGACCUGGUGCGGGCCGUUGAGCUGGGGUCAGAGGAGGAGUCCGCAGGAGGAGCAGGGGCUGAGGAGGAAGAGGGGGUGUCUGUUGUAGAGGAGGCGCUGGGUCAGCUGGUCCUCACCUACAACGACUUUGGGGUGCAUUGCUCCAGCCGCGGCCUGCAGGCCGAGGCCACGCUGCUCUUGGACCGGGCCAUUCAAGAGGAGACCGGAGACAGCCGGCUGUACCUCAACAGAGCAGCCUGUCUGGUCCUACAGGGGCACUGGAGUUCUGCCCUCUCUGACUACCAGCAGGCUCAGGCCCUGAACCCCGGAGACCAGAACACCAGAAUCCGGCUGGCCUCCCUGCACCACAUCCUCGGAGUACACCACCACCAGCACAGGCGGUACCAGGAGGCUCUACAGAGCUUCAGCCAGGCGGUGUUAUUAGACCCCAGCAGAGCGACCUUCUACGAGAACCGCUCCAGAACCUCCCAAGUCCUCCAGGACCCGGACCUUAAUCAGCUGAGCCUGGAUGACGCUCUGAGGACCCUGGUCCUAGACCCAGAGAACCAGCAGGUGCUGCCCCUGGUCCGAGCUCGCUACCCAGGAUGCAGUGUGGUGGAGGUGAUGUCCGGUCCGGAUGGGGUGGCAGUUCGAUCCCAGCUGCUGCAGAUGAUUCAAUCGCACCCCUGUGCCUCUGAGCAACAAGGACUUCAACCUUGUGAAACCGAGGAAGAGCAGAAGUCACUUUCUGGCCAAUCAGACCUUCAGGAGCUGGUGACCCGCCAUGUGCAGAUGAAGCAGAAAGUGCAAUCCUUCCUGCACCAUCGCCCUCCUCUCCACCAGCCUUGGUCAACCCUAUAUCCCCUCUAAACUUCCCCCUGACCCUCCUUUCUCCAAACUGAAUGUCCUCCCUGCCCCACUCCCCCUCCUCCCCCUAAUCCUCCUUUCUACCCCAAAACCUUCAUUCAGCCUCCUAAACAUCCCCCACUCCCCGGCCUCUCUGCCCCUGGUCUUCCACUAGGCGGCAGCAGAGGCCUGCCUGUACCUUUAUGAGCAGGAGGCCACCACUACUAGAAGAACAUCUAGUGGCUCACUGGAGGAGAUCCAUUCUAAAGCCCAUAGAACAACACCCUAAUACAGAACUAUGCCCUCUAGAACUACACCCUAUAGAACUACACCAUAAUGCAUAACUAGACCCAUAUAUAAAACUACUUCCUCAAGAAAUACACCCCAUAAAACUUGGUCCUAAUGCAGAAACACAUAAACCCACCUUACAUAACUACACACUAAUACAGAUCUACACUCUAUAUUAAUACACCCUAAUAUAGAACCUCAUCCUUGUCCAGAACAACACCCUAACCCAGAACUACACCCUAAUACAGAAUUACACCCUUAUGCAGAACUUCAACCUUAGGUAUAACCUCAACCUGUAUAACUACACCCUAAUACAGAAAUACAUGAAUAACCACACCCUGCAGAAUUAAACCUUAUACAAUGACGUCAUUCAGAACUAUUACCUAUAGGAUCACAUCCUUAUACAGUACCAAAUAUACAGUUAACAGUUGUCAUGGAAAUAUUAGUACUGUUUUCAAGGUGAUUAUGAAAGGAUGUUAUCAACAUCAAAGCUAGAGCUCAAGCCAAACUGCAAAGGCAGGAAAGUUUAAAGUAUAAUAUAUAGUAAGAUAUUAAAAUAGAUAAUGAAUAACUGAUCAAAUGUUUAUGUGUUUCCUGACUACUAGCCCAGCGUCAAUCUUAUAUCUUUCCUAUGUGAGCUCCCGGAGAACCACAACAAACGUAUAAGUCCAGUCCUCUCAUACCACUGACUGAAUACUCACAGUCUUUCAUCUGUUUGAUUUUCAAUGCUUCAUUUAGUAUAAGUUUUUUAACUGGACAUGAGGAAUGCUGCUGUAGGAACCAGAAAGAGAAGACCAGUAAAGGUUUGGGUAUGGGUAGAUCAUCUACAUCCUCUCCGCUCUUGUGAUUGAACUAAGAACAAAUAAAGGUGCAGAUCAAUACAUAUAUUGAUUCUUAGCAUUAAAAAAAUAA